UUUACUAUGUGAAAGAUUUAGCUAUAGCAUACUUCUUACCGCCAUAUCAGCUGUUUGCUGGAUCUAUUUAGUAGCACCCAAUUGAAUACACGUCUGUCGGACGCUCAAACCUGCCAAACCAACUCUCUCUCAACAUUUUAUGCGGCAUUUCUAAUCUAGCAAAAUAGCAACCAAAACGAUUUAGGGUGCAUAUUUUAAGGAUAGUAGCAAGCUAAGGUUUAUGUUCAUCUCUCCACAUAUCUGCUUCCGCGCGAUGAAACCACGCAUGUGUUGAUCUGUGCUGCAGCAACGUGCAUCCGUUCCUCUUUGACCCCAGAGUUAAUCUGCAUUCAGACUGACGAUCCAAUAUAUUUCUCAGAUUUGGGAUAUUAGGCUAUUCCGGAACCGUUGUAUUUAUGUAGUUUUUACUAUUAUUUCGUAUGAUCGGUCAAGCUUGCUUCGAUUCAAUCAGUUUUGUGACCGUUUUCCUCAACACUGCAGCAGGUCUACAUUUUCCCAAACCGAAUGCUAACGCGAGCCGCUUAUGCUAUUCGCGUAAUGUAUCACCGUGAGGAUAGACAGUAAAUAAGGGGACCCGUCCAUCUGCAAUAAAGAGGAAAAGAAGAUGGUGAUAAUGGCUCCUACAAAUGUAGCAUCUAAAUGCUCGACAGCGAUGGCGAAUGCUUCCUUCCCUGUGAAGCUAUUUCUCUGGGUGUUUUUAUUCGCUCAUCUUCCUACAAGCUCUAUCCAGACUGAAAACGACGAUGAUGAAGUGACAAACAAAACUUGGGUGUUGACUCCCAAAGUGUACGAGAGCGAUGUCACCAACAUCCUAAACAGCCUACUAGAUGGCUACGAUAACAAACUGCGACCAGAUAUAGGAGUCAAACCAACCGUGAUCCACACGGACAUGUUUGUGAACAGUAUCGGCCCAGUAAAUGCUAUCAAUAUGGAGUACACCAUCGACAUCUUUUUUGCCCAGACGUGGUAUGACCGGAGAUUGAAGUUCAACAGUACCAUGAAGGUCCUGCGUCUCAACAGCAACAUGGUGGGCAAGAUCUGGAUCCCCGACACCUUCUUUCGCAACUCCAAGAAGGCCGACGCCCACUGGAUCACCACGCCCAAUCGCAUGCUUCGGAUCUGGAACGAUGGACGGAUACUCUACACACUGCGGUUGACUAUUGAUGCCGAGUGCCAGCUUAAACUGAACAACUUUCCAAUGGAUGAGCACUCCUGUCCCCUGGAGUUUUCAAGCUAUGGCUACCCCAGAGAGGAGAUAGUGUACAAGUGGAAGAGGAGCUCCGUGGAGGUGGGAGACAUCCGCUCCUGGAGGCUCUACCAGUUCUCCUUUGUUGGCCUGAGGAACACCUCCGAGAUCGUCAGGACCGUGUCAGGAGACUACGUUGUUCUGACAGUCUUCUUCGACCUGAGCAGGAGGAUGGGUUACUUCACCAUUCAGACCUAUAUCCCCUGCACCCUCAUCGUUGUCCUCUCCUGGGUCUCCUUUUGGAUCAACAAGGAUGCUGUACCUGCUAGAACAUCCUUAGGCAUUACCACUGUGCUGACCAUGACUACGCUGAGUACCAUAGCCAGGAAGUCGCUGCCUAAGGUAUCCUACGUGACGGCCAUGGACCUCUUUGUGUCCGUGUGCUUCAUCUUUGUUUUCGCCGCUCUGAUAGAGUAUGGAACACUGCACUACUUUGUGAGCAACAGGAAGCCAAGCACAAAAAAGGACAAGAAAAAUAAAAACCCGCUCCUCCGGCUCUUUUCCUCAAAGCAGACACCUACGGUGGACAUACGCCCUCGCUCAGCCACCGCCAUCCAGAUGAACAACGCCACCCACAUGCAGGAGCGGGAUGAGGAGUAUGGCUACGAGUGCCUAGACGGCAAGGACUGCACCAGCUUCUUCUGCUGUUUCGAGGACUGCCGCUCCGGGGCCUGGCGGCACGGGCGGUUGCAUAUCCGUGUCGCCAAGAUAGACUCGUACGCUCGCAUCGGUUUCCCCACCGCUUUCGGUCUCUUUAACCUGGUUUACUGGAUCUCCUAUCUCUAUCUCUAGAUCCAGCGUGUAGCCAGACUUAGAAUAUAUGUUCUGCUCCAACUAGACCAUUUUUCAGAAGGGGACCCACUGAAAUGUUUUCCUUUUCCUUUUGUUUCUGUUUGAUUUUUCUAUGUUUGUUAAUUCAUAUUUCUCAUAAUUUCUUUAUAUGGUUGAAGCAAAAGUUGUAGCAAAACCAUUAGGCAUGCAGGGAUCUGGAGUCCGAUAGUGGGGACUGUGCUUUGGGUAAGGCAAGAACCUAAGUUCACCGUAGUGAUUCUGCAGGACUACAUUUUCCAGAUUCCCCUUGAUCAGAUAAUUGGUUUACGUAGAAGGUAAUCGCAGUCAGGGCCGCUUCAAUGUUGUUGUUUUUUUGUAUCUGCCCUUAGUCAGUAAAUUAGAUCACAGUAAACAUUUUCACUCAAACUGAAAAAGUAUUAAGGCAUGUUCCCGAUUUCUUGCGUUAACAAGUCACGCAUGCGCCGUAGAAGACAAACGGAAGAUUUGACAUCAGCUUAUUUUCCCCAUCUUUUAAAAUAUGCAUUUACUUAUUGCUGUAUUCCAUCCAUCCAAAAUACAAAAUAAGCUAAAUCUCAAGCACUUUAAUAGCUAUGUAGGUUGAACAGUAAGUAUGAUUUUCAAUGAUAAUUUGAUAGCUAGGUUUCUUUCAUCUAACUGUGAAACUUUACUUUUACACAGUUAAACAUGCAUUUUUUUGAAUGUGUGGUCAGAGCGCUAGAAAAUACUGUUUAUGGUCAAUGGUCAACUGUACAGACACUGUAUAUAUUUUAUUAUUAUGUAGUGGUUUACAUUUAUUGCAUGCACCUUUCAGGCCCAAAAUCAACACAUGUUUUAAAGGGGCAAUCCACAGUUGUUACAUCCAUUUACCGACAUAUAAAUUAAUGAUAUUCUCAUUGAUACUUGAAGUUAUAAAGGCCUCAUGAGCUUACUUCAACUGUCCUACCCCAUCCCAACCCAGCAUAUAAGCUCGUUUUACUCCAAUGUUUGUGAACAUUGUAAAUGUAAACAAACACUGUUUCGCCUCAAAAUAUGUUUAAACCCAUCAUUUAGAUUUCAUGAAUGGUCAGUCCUUGCAUCAAUAACCCUGUCUGUAAAUUUAAGAGUGGUUACAUUUCUUCAGGCCCAUCCCUCAGCUUUUUACAAAGACAGAGGUGGGGUAUCUGUUUGUUAUUGUUUAAACUGUGGAUAGCCCCUUUAAGGUCUUCUAUUGUUGGCUAUGGAUACAAAAAAAGAACACUGCUGAUUAUCCAUCUGGAUUUCGUCUUACUUUUUAGGAAAAGUAGAAAAUGAGACAAAGUCAGAUUUUGUCUUAUAAAUUAACGUUAAUCUCUACCAAUAUGUAUUACAAGAGGAUCAAUCCAGACCUUACAGGGAAAACGUUGUUAUAUCAACUUUUAUUAACUUGUCGACUGCUCUGAGAAACUCUUCCCUUUCAAACAUUUUGCUAUUGAUGGCUAUCUUCAAUUGACACACAAGUAUGGCUGUGCUGGCUCCUUUGGGAAGUGUGUAGAUAAGAAAUAGGCAUCAAAAACAAAUGUAUAGUUUUCUUACAUCGAAACAUAUUUUCUUACAUAAAAACAUAUUCUGCUCCCUUUCUCUCCCCCACAACCACUUGGUGGAAGUGAAUUUCAAGCAAACACAUCAAGCAGUGUUUUACUUCAUUCAGCUGGCACAUUGAGUGUCUACAAUGGAAGCGGCUGUAGUUCUGAAUGCGUACACCCAUCAAAAUGACAAAACUCUCAGUGACAGAAAACAAACUCCCAUUUGUCAUAAGACUGAACUGCAUUACUUAGUCACUGCAUUAAAACAGGAUCCAUUCCAUCUGUCUCAAUGGGUGGUUUAGAGGGACUUAAGGCAAAAACAAACCAUUUAACUUGAGGAAUAUUGAUGAACAUGACAGCUCCAUGGAGAAGAAAGCAUCUGCUUGUGACCAGACCAGAUGCAUAAGCCUUACUCUCUUUGAAGAGAAACACUGUGGAAAUUACAAUGAUCUGACGCUGAAAAUGUAUUGAAAGAUCUGGGAGAAGUUCAGGAAUUUAUUUUUUUUGUUUGUUUUGCUUUUCUGUGUUUACAAUGGCUCAUUAAAUCAUUAAUGUGUCAAUACAUCAUUACUCAUUUAUAGUGUGGCACAUUGUGAAUGUCAACAUAAGUACUCAAACUAUUUGUGCUUCACAUCAUAUGCUAAUGGAACGCUUACAAUGCAAUUUAUGGGGUACUUGUAUACCCAAAUCAUGGCCAACCUGUUCCAAAAGAGUACCUUAGCUAAAGGCAGCCAGAGGAUGUUAAAGCAGUGCUUUAAUCUAGACCAGUGUUUCCCAAACACGGUCCUGGGGCCUCCCAUUGGGGCACGUUUUGUUUUCUGCCCUAGCACUACACAGCUGAUUUAAAUAACUCAUCAUCAAGCUUUGAUUAUAUGAAUAGGCUGUGCAGUGCUCGGGCAAAAAACUAAACUUGCCCCCCUGGGAGGACCCGGGACCAAGUUUGGGAAACCCUGAUCGAAAUGAAUAAGUCAUUUUACUGUACAUAUUGUAAAUCACAUGAUAUUGUGUACAUAGUAGAUCACAAAAGGAAACAAACACUUAUCAAACCCUUCAAUUUUUGAAAGGGGCAAUGAUAGGUUUAAUUUUCUUAAUGUAUCCCCUUUCAUUGAUAUCAUUAUUAUCAUUGCAUUAUGCUGGACUGUGUGGGAUAUUGUAGGGCAGGUGUAUUCUACGAGGUCCGGAGCCUGCUGGUUUUCUGUUCUACCUGAUAAUUAAUAGCACCCACUUGGUGUCCCAGGUCUAAAUAAGUCCUUGAUUAGAGGGGAACAAUUAAAAAACUGGCUUUGAGGUCCAGAGUAGAGUUUGAGUGUUGUAGGGUAUUUUUCAAGGAAAUCGUCGUAUUUAGAAAGCCCUCAACAAAACAGAGAUGGAGAAUGUCCUUUGUCAACAAUAUCAUAGAGACAUCAUUUCGUUCUAUAAUGAAUUUAUCUUGUUGUUGUUGUAUUUUCUAUGUUGUGGUCUACAUAGGCUCUAAAAGACCAGUUAUAGUCUGUUCAUUGAAUGGUAUGACUAAAAAGGUAGGUGGCGAAGUUACUUAUUACAGCCUCAAUUGACAAUAUCUUUUCAGACAUUCAACUGUGAUAUUAGCUACUCCCUGAGGUACUGAACAUACGUGAUACUCUAGUCUAAAGUGACCGUCAGAGUUUCUGCAUUAAAUUGUAAAGUUUCUUAGCAACAACUGUAGUACCCAUUGUCAGUUGAACGAAGUGGAAAGUGAGUGGAAUUUGAAGCUCUUCCCCUUGUGCAUUCACUAGUGGUCCUCUAUUUUGUACCUGUUGCGAAGCUAUCACUCAGUACAAGGUUUUGUCUUAAGGGUGUGUGUGUUUUUUUCUCUCACUUGAACAGAAAGGAAUGGAUUUUUUUGGCCACUUGAUAGUUUACUUCAGUUGAAAUGGAGAGGAAUGUAAGGGUGUGGAAGAACAACUUUAAGUGCCAAACUUUGACACAAAUGUGAUACAUCCAUUCAGAAAUCCAUAGUGUUCAAUGAUCUCUUAGUCAAAAUGAACUGUUAUUUUGCGAAAUGGGAGAAACGCAUUUUGUGUUCUUCGAGAAAUAAUAUUUAACAGAUAUAAUUUACUAUUAACACAUACAUACACGAGACAUUAUUUGUAUACCUUCAUUUACCAUUAUUACAUUUCACAGACGCUGUUAUCCAGAUCAACUUGCAGUAGUGAGUGUGUACACUUUCUGUACUGGUCCCCUAUGGGAAUUGAACCCACAACCCCUGGUGUUGCAAGUGCAAUGCUCUACUAACUGAGCCAUACGGAACAUUAUCUCAUGGUCUAUAGCUUAUGAACAAAUAUCAAAGCACAAGGACCAAACCGUGCAUUAGCUUUAUCUUAAUGCCUCUGUCUCAGAGACACACUUUCAUCCAUUCAAGUAUAACCUUUGAUAAAGAGAAUGAGUUAGCAUCUUUUUUUGUUUGUUUGAAGAAAGGCUGAAUGAGCACAUUCAGAAAGUAGAGAUGUUUUUAACUGUGAGAAAGUAGUUACUGAGGUAUCAAGUGUAUGUAUGUGGUUUAUAAAUACCCAAUGACCAACCAGUCAUAUUGAACGGUGCUGGCAUACUAAAUUUGAUUAUUUAUAUCAACUAUUUAAAUGUUGCUUUACUAUACACAAAAAAACAUUAUAUUGUAUUUUUGUGAUUUCUUUAUUUUCUUAUGUUAGUUUACACACAUAUGGUAUGGUACAUACAGUAUUACACAUAGUUAAAGGUUUUGGAAUUCUCCUGGUACUUGGAAGGAGAUAAUCAUAAAAGAUCGUGUGCACACGAUGUAUAGGUCAAUCACAAAUAUGAAUAUAUUUAACAUUUAGUUAAUGUGGGUAUUGCUCAGCUUAUUUUCAUUUGGCCUCCAUCUCUUCGACCAUCUCAUGACCUAAUUUAGGUUAGAGGAGGA